AUGUCGGGGGCACGGAUGGCCCAGGGGAAGAAAUCUUACAAGUAUUCCGGAUUUACAAACUUCAAUAACAUCUCUGAACUUUUCUUCAAACUAUCUAAGUGGGAUUACUGGCUGGAGGUUCUUGAUCUUAGAUACAACAAUGUGCAUGAAGAGGUUCUUCAGAAAUCAUUUCACAGUUUGCAAAAUACAGUUCGACUUAUUGAUGUAUCAAAUAACAGAUAUUUGUGGAAUCUUACAGACGAUUUUGUGCGUGGGCUUUCGCGACUCAAAUUAAAGAUUCUUUUAAUCGAGCAUGCUCACAUCCGACAAUUGAAUUUUUCAGUGAUAUCUCGCCUGAAGUCACUGCGUGUUUUAAAUGUUUCUCAUAAUAACAUUUCUUGGACAACAGCUGAUGUUCCCUGGUAUUUGACUAACAUUUCGUUCCUUUCAAACUCCCUGACAGAGCUUCCCAGAUUUUGUGUUCAUACGAAUUAUUCACAACUUCGAUUUUUAGAUUUGCGUACAAAUGCCAUAGGAUAUAUAUCAAAUGUUAGUAUGAAAUGUCUCACAGAUUUGGAACACAUCAGUUUAGAAAACAAUUUUCUGUUAAGGAUUCAUUCAGAUACAUUUUCAUCAUUAUCAAACCUUCAUCUUCAUGGCAACCGAAUUAUGUCGUUAGCUCCAGGAGUGUUCACCAACUUGACAAAACUCAAAACUCUGAACCUCUCACAAAAUGCUAUCCAGGUUAAACAAGCUCUGGAGAAGGACGAGGGCUACGUGGUGGUGGUGCUGCUUGAAAACAUUGAGGCCAGGAACAUGACGUCAUCACUUCUUUGGUUUGCUACAUGGGUGAAGGCAGAUAAAAGUAAAUUUACUAACUUCCCAGAGUCAUAUCGAUGUGGAUAUCCAUGGAACCUCCAAUCAACGCUUCUGAUUGAUGCUAAUGUCUCCGAAGAGACGUGUCGGAUCCCACGUGUUUUUCCCAUUGCCUAUGGUCUUUCCACUGCUACAGUAGUAUUGAUAGUCGUUAUCUCCAUUGCCUAUAAAUUACGUUGGCGCAUUCGCUAUUAUAUCCACAUGUUGAGAUACAAAAAGAGGAAGACAGCUGAUGAAGAGAGAUACAUCUAUGAUGCUUUUGUGGUUUAUUGUGAAGCUGAUUCAAGAUGGAAACGUUCUCUGGAGCAAGAUGAGGGGUACCUCGUGGUGGUGCUGCUUGAGGAGAUACACGCCCGGAACAUGACGUCAUCGCUGUAUGCACUGCUGCAGACGACAACCUACAUCACGUGGCCUGUCGAGGAGGAUGACAGACAGUUAUUCUGGAUGCGUCUCCGGCGUUGUUUGCAACGAUGA